CCCCCCUUUUAGCUUCCCCCCUCCCCUGAAGUGGCUCCUGUUCCACCGCCCGGCCCCCCCCCUGCUGCAGGAGGGACCCCAGUGUGGGCUGGUGGCUCUCUGGAUGGCAGCUUCACUCCUGGCCCCCUCCCACGGGGUGGGUCUGGGGGAGGUGCUGGGGGCAGCCCAGGCCCGGGGCUUCACUGCCCGGGGGGAGAUGUUUUCAGCCCUGCACAUGGCAGCCCUGGCCCAGGAGCUCUUCCCCUGCAGAGCUGAGGUCGUUUCGGGGGGCCUGGGGGGGCCCAAUCGCCCCAAGAUCCUCCAGCACCUCACCCGGGGGCUCCCCCUCCUCGUGCCUUAUGAUGAAGACAGCAACCACGAGCCCUGCCACAAACACGGCCACAAAGCCCAUUGGGCUGUGCUCACAGGUGUCAUUCUGGGGGUCCCCACCUCGGCGUUGCCCCCCAACUUCCAGCAGGACCCCGAGAUCCCCAACCUCUUCCACGCCCCCCAGGAGGAGUUUUUAUUGGGGGGGGUGGAUUUGGGGGGGGGGGUCUUAGAGGGGGGGGAGAAAUCCCCCCCCAAUAAACACCUCCAAGAAAAGCCCUGA